CUGCCCCCUAUCAGCUCGAAGUUAGCGGGCGAUGGCGGGGCUGCGGGACGGAAUUCGGGAGAGGGUUUUGAGGCGCAAGAGCGGAGGAGAAAGGCCCUCGCGCGGCCUAGCACAGGGUAGCGGGCCUCGCCCAGAGCGGCGGCUAAGGUUUGGGGACUUCGUAGCUGGUGGGGAGAAGGGGCGGGGUCUUAGCACGCGCGCGCUCCCGCAGCCCGGGACUGCCCGCAUCUUCCCAGCUCCUUGGGGGUCUCCGUCCCAACUUGGCCAGGCUGAGGCCCGGGCGCCGCGCACACCGGGGUGCUCCGACCCGGGGGUCUGGAGAGGAAGGAGGACCAGGCACUUCCGCGUCCGGAGUCGCUCUCGCGGAGACCUGGUUCUUGCGGACCCUGUCCUGGGCCGGUGCGGUUGGGUCCCGAAGGAGAUGUUCUUUGGGGAGUUGCGGCGUCCGUGCAGAGGUCCUCCAGCUGUUCUCACCAGCACAGAGCGCGGCGGUCGGCUGCGCUCCUAAAAUGUGGGUUGCCGGUUCAAUGGAGCUUUCGCUCCCUCCACCCGACGUUAGGCGCGGCUUCCACCAGUAAGAGCAGCUCCUUGCGCGUGGCCCUUCUGUGUUUGUAAGGAUCCUAACAUUUUCAGAGAAUCUUUUGAAAAGAACAAGUCUACUUCAAUAAAUGAAGGAGAAUAAAGAAAAUUCCAGCCCUUCAGUAACCUCAGCAAACCUGGACCACACAAAACCAUGUUGGUACUGGGAUAAGAAAGACUUGGCUCAUACACCCUCUCAGCUAGAAGGACUUGACCCAGCCACUGAGGCCCGGUACCGCCGAGAGGGGGCUCGGUUCAUCUUUGAUGUGGGCACACGUUUGGGACUACACUAUGAUACCCUGGCAACUGGAAUAAUUUAUUUUCAUCGCUUCUAUAUGUUUCAUUCCUUUAAGCAAUUUCCAAGAUAUGUAACAGGAGCUUGUUGUCUCUUUCUGGCUGGGAAAGUAGAAGAAACACCCAAAAAAUGUAAAGAUAUCAUCAAAACAGCUCGUAGUUUAUUAAAUGAUGUACAAUUUGGCCAGUUUGGAGAUGACCCAAAGGAAGAAGUAAUGGUUCUGGAGAGAAUCUUACUACAGACCAUAAAGUUUGAUUUACAGGUAGAACAUCCAUACCAGUUCCUACUCAAAUAUGCAAAACAACUCAAAGGUGAUAAAAACAAAAUUCAAAAGUUGGUUCAAAUGGCAUGGACAUUUGUAAAUGACAGUCUCUGCACGACCUUGUCACUGCAGUGGGAACCAGAGAUCAUAGCAGUGGCAGUGAUGUAUCUCGCGGGACGUUUGUGCAAAUUUGAAAUACAAGAAUGGACCUCCAAACCCAUGUAUCGGAGAUGGUGGGAGCAGUUUGUGCAAGAUGUCCCUGUGGAUGUUCUGGAAGAUAUCUGCCACCAAAUCCUGGACCUUUACUCACAAGGAAAACAACAGAUGCCUCAUCACACGCCUCAUCAGCUGCAUCAGCCCCCAUCGCUCAACCCCACACCACAAGUGCCACCAGUGCCACCGUCACAGUCGGCUCCAGGCCCUGAACCACCGCAGCCCCCACAGAAGGACCCGCAGCCAUCAACCCAGCCGCCACCACCGCCACAGCAAGUCCAGCAGCCCAAGAAACCGUCCCCACAGCCUAGUCCCCCCCGCCAGGUGAAGCGAGCCACGGUUGUUUCUCCCAAAGAAGAGAACAAAGCAGCAGAACCACCACCACCUAAAAUUCCCAAAAUAGAGACCACUCACCCUCCAUUGCCUCCGGCCCACCCACCACCAGACCGGAAGCCUCCCCUCGCGGCUGCCUUAGGCGAGGCUGAGCCACCAGGCCCUGUGGAUGCCAGUGACCUCCCCAAAGUCCAGAUUCCUCCUCCGGCCCACCCGGCCCCUGUGCACCAGCCACCGCCGCUGCCACACAGGCCACCGCCACCGCCACCCUCCAGCUACAUAACCGGGAUGUCCACCACCAGCUCCUACAUGUCUGGAGAGGGUUACCAGAGCCUGCAGUCCAUGAUGAAGACCGAGGGCCCCUCCUACAGCGCCCUGCCCCCUGCCUACGGGCCUCCAGCCCACCUGCCCUACCACCAUGUCUACCCCCCCAACCCACCCCCACCACCGGUGCCCCCUCCCCCAGCCUCCUUCCCCCCACCUGCCAUCCCACCCCCAACUCCCGGGUACCCUCCACCUCCACCCACCUACAACCCCAACUUCCCGCCCCCACCCCCACGCUUGCCCCCCACCCAUGCCGUUCCACCUCACCCUCCUCCAGGCCUGGGCCUGCCUCCAGCUAGCUACCCACCUCCAUCUGUCCCCCCUGGAGGACAGCCACCUGUGCCCCCACCCAUCCCCCCACCGGGCAUGCCUCCAGUCGGGGGCCUGGGGCGCGCAGCCUGGAUGAGAUAACCUGAUGCCUUUUUUCCCCUUUGUUUUUUUAACAAGUUUUUCUAGUUACCUUGAAGGGUAGUUGAAGUGAGGAAGCAGCAGGGUACCUUGUAUAAUGCUGGACAGUUGCAGUAUGGGAAGACAUGGACCAGGCCCGGGAGAUGGAUCAGAUGGUCCUCCAGGCCCGGAGUGGGGACAGCCCCGGCAGUGCCCGGGCCGCCCGGCUGUGCUGGUGUCGGCUGAGGGCCGCGUCCUGCACUGGGUGACUAUACUAGUGAAAAUGUUAACCAGCCAUAUUGGCUCAAUAAAUAGCUUCCGUAAGGAGUGAAUUUCCUUCUAGAAAUCAGUGCCUAUUUUUCCUGGAUACGCAGUUUUAAACAGUCCAGUUCCAUCUGAAGUCAAGCUGUCGUCAUCACUUCCAUUCCGUGUUCUCUUCCAUGACACCCAGUCGCUCAGAAGCAGCUUUUUGAUUUAGAGAUAUUUACAUCUUUGUAUUAAAGUUAUUUUGAAGGGG